AUGUAUACGGAUGGUGCUAAAAAUAAAGACUGCACGGCUAUUGCUGUUUAUGAUGCCAAGGAAAAAAUAUCAUUCGGUACAAAAAUAUCGAAUAAAGCGAGCAUAUUUACUGCUGAAGCUUACGCUAUUAUCUCAGCGCUAGACUAUAUUGGUGAAACAAACAAUAAUGAUAAAUGGGUCAUAUUAACGGACAGCAUGAGUGUCUUGUUGGCCCUUGCGAAUGUUUCUUCUAGUAAAACAUCUUUCGUUAUACAAAAUAUUCAAAGGAAAAUAUAUGAUUUUAAAAAACGGCUUAAUAUGGAUAUUAAUCUUAUCUGGACUCCAGCUCACGUUGAUGUCACUGGCAACGAAAAAGCUGAUGAACUGGCUAGGUUCAUCACAAACUGUCAAAUUCAAGGAAAAGAAAAAUACAUGUUAAUCCCAGCUUCAGAUUUUAUCGUUGAAAUAAGAAAAACAAUUAAAACUAAAUGGAAACAACAGUGGGAAGAAUCUAUAAAAGUUAAAGGGAAAUGGUUCAGAGAAAUACAGCAAGAAUUUAAAAAGCCAUGGUUCGUUCAAGGAAAAUAUGUGGAAAGAAAAUUUUAUUCAAUUUUAUGUCGUCUUAGAAUUGGACAUGGAAGAUAUAAAAAGCAUUUGCAUAGGAUGAAAAUGGUUUCGUCUCCUAUAUGUGAUUAUUGUUCUGCCGACGAAGAUCAAUCAUUAGAUCACUUGUUUUUUGAAUGUCAACAUUUCGCAAUCCAGCGAUUAAUAUUUAUUGAUAAAUUGAUCAAUAUAUAUGAUAAAAUGGAGAUCCCGCGCUCCAUCCAGAAUUUAUUAAAGAACACAGAAACAUACAAACCCAUUUUCGAGUACGUAAGAACAACAUUUCAAGAUAUAUAA